AGGGAGGUGACCGUAGAACUUUCCCUCGGAGAAGCUGGUCGCCUUUAAAAAGACAGCAUUUAACUAGCUGGAAGUGAAGUUUUAAAAAAAUUGGCGUCUUGCACAGUCAAAACCACAUGUGCAGCCAACAAACGCUGUCAAAAUAAAACGUUAGUUAGUUUACAUUGUUUUUAAUCUCAUCAACAGGAAAAUCGAAAAAACUGGUUGAAUGGCUGCAACAGACCAGAUGGAAAAAUAGGCGUGGACACGUGGAAGCAAGGAGCAAAUUUAAAAGAACAAUAGAUUUUUAGACGUUCAUUUUUCGGAAUGAAUUAUGAACCACCAGAAAGAUGUUUUGAUGUUACAACUGUAAUACGCCAAUGAAAGUAAAAUAAUUAAGAUCGAUUCUGUACAUAAUUAUGUGCUUGUUAGAUUGAGAAGUUGGCAGGAACCAAUAAGUCAAGCUGUGUUAAGUUUGUACUCAAACGUACCAAAACAUAUUGGCGUACGGGAUGAAGCGAAAGGUUGAAGAGGAAGUUUAACUGUUACAAAAGUUUCUUCCCUUUCUCUUUUGAGAGAAAAAAACUAACUUAAUCCAUUACCUUUAAGGUAACCUCAUUCCAUUUACACUAUUUCGACGGGAUCACUUGGCUUCGUAGAUUACAGCACACUGGAAAAUGCAUGUCGGUUGGUUAGCUUUAGCGCUGUCGGUGUUGAGCGCUUCGGUGCCUUGCGGGGCCGUAAAUGCGAAUCCGACCGAGGAGACUCCGAAGCUGACCGAGUGGCUGCAGGGCUCCCGGUCUCGGCUGCUGGAGGUGGCCAAAGAAGCGCACGGAUACGUGGUGUCCAUCGUCGGGGCACGGGCGGUUGAAACGUCGUUUGAGUGUGUGCAGGGAGUGAUCAGGGUUCUUUCGGAGGGAGCAGCCAGUGGGCUCAAUGUGGCAGCCGUGUACGUCUCUGAGAUACUCAGGGCUGCCGGGGUCUCAGUCACACUGCCUUUUCACCACAUCACACCAGAGGGAGUGGCCUUCGUCGCUCAGUGGGCCCUGCUGGCUCUGAUUGGCUACUGGCUGCUGUCCCUGCUGUUCCGAUUGGUGGGCUCGGUGCUGAGGCGGGUUCUGUGGCUGCUGAAGCUGGGCGUGGCCCUGUGGCUGUUCGCGCUGAUCGUGGGCGACACCAGCGCUAGCACCGACACCACGGCCCUGCGCCUGGCGGGUCUGGUGUUCGUCUGCGUCCUGCUGGGCCUGGGCAGAACCGGCGCCGACGGGAACCGCAGCAGAUACCUGGAGAACCGGGUCAGGGGCCUGGAGGCCAAACUGAAGGACAUGGAGCGCAGGAGGAAGGAUGAGUGACGAGAGAGAAGAAAAAUGAAAUAACACAGAGGAGAGGAGAGAUGGAGGGCUGGGGACAGCUGGGG